AUGAGCCGUUUCGAUAGUGCAGAAAGUUCACGCCAUACCAACGGAAUUGGUGAUAGUACAAACGAUGCAAGUCGAAGACCAAAUGGCUCCGAUAACACAUUUGAUGAUGGCGAUAAUAGAAAAUUGUCUGAUUCAACAGUGGAGAAAGAUGAUGUAAUGAAGGGAUCCUCUUCGGUAAACUCUCGGAGCAACUCCAGUGUUAGUAAUAAUGGUAGAAGAAUUUAUGGUACAACAACGACAAGCAACUCAACCACUAAUACGGACUCUGUUCAUCACUCCAGAAGAUUGUAUGAUGCAUCAUCAUCGGGGCAACAAGUUUCCAACGAUCGUAGUAGAUAUAGCAAUCCAUCAUAUAAUAGGAACCGAGGUAAUAACCGAUAUUACAAUGGCGAGAGCCCAAAUCCGUCAUACGUUACUCAAAACAAUAGAAAUGCUUCAUCAUCUUAUAACAGAGAACGACGAUACACCAAUACUUCUGCUGGGGUUGGUAGUAAUUACUCAAAUAGAGGUCACCGCCGAACGGACUCAUACGACCACACCAUGUACAAUCAAUAUCAUCCCUAUCCUCCACAUUUUGAUGAUACCUAUGCACCCCAUAUGCUGCAUCAUCACUAUCCCGAAAAUAUGUACAAUUAUCCCCCUCUUCAUCCUGUUGACAGCUCAGGGUAUCCAAGUCAUCCUUAUGCUCAUCCCACUGAAAUCUCAAAUUCUUCCUCAACAACUCAUUCCGAUCCCUAUUUGACCUCUCCUAACAAGAGUGACAAGCAUUACAACGAAGAUUAUGCAAUGCCCUAUCCUUACCUACAAUAUCCUUAUCUCUACCCUUAUCAAUAUUUUCCAGGCUAUCCGAUGGCUCAUCCUAUGUCAUACGACAAAGGAAGAGCUGAUUACAAUCAACAAUCAUUUAACAGAGAACAUUACAAAAAUAAUAGAAAUGAAGAGGAGGGAGAGUCUACAGAUGCAUUACAAGAAAAUGAGAAAACGAUAGAAAAAACAAAUGAAAACAUUACGACAAAUGAUUUAUCAAAAUCCGAGCCCGAAAAAAAUAAGAUGCAAGACGAAGAGGAACAAAUAAUAGAGAGUACUGCAGUACCUAGAGAUCCAAGACUAUUUGAAUAUUAUCCAGAAGAAACUGCUACGGUGGAGGAUAAAGGUGACGGGAAAAAACCAAAGAAAAAAAAUUAUAUUCAAAACACAAAAUCAAUCAAAAAGUCAGAAUAUUUUGCAAAAAUUCAACUGGCCACAACUCUUGAAAUUCCAUCCAUCUGUCUUGAACAAGGGUUUAUUGCGAGUGAAAAGGAAUAUCUGCGGAGUUUGACAGUUAACAAACAGCCUAAAAUAGCUAUUAUGGAAAUACCUAAAGAUUUUAAAGCAGGUCAUAUUUCUGAAAUCAUAACAACUACAGGCUCCGUAACAGAAUUCGAUGCAUAUUUUAAUAAGGAAACCAAUCAAGUAAUUUUUGCCUCCGCAGUAUUCAAAGAUUUUGACACCUGCAGGCGAGCAGUUUUAGAGUUGCAUGAAGACAAAAGUAUUAAAUUUAGAAUUGAAUACGACUUUUAUGGAGCGUUGGAAGAAGAAAUGGCAAUUACAAACCCCAAUCUCAUAUCAGGAAAGAAAAAAGAGCAAGAAAAGAAAGAACAAGAACUUAAAAAACAAGACAAGCCCAAAACGAAGCCUUAUCAUCAUGAAGAACCCAUGAAUAUGAUUGAUUAUUAUCACAAUCCUUAUGCAUUUUAUCACUUUGCUUAUCCUUACUAUCCUCAAGGAUAUCAUUUUUCUAGAUUUCAACUAAAAGUUUUGACAAAGUACGGACGCAGCAAGAAAGAAAAGCUUGCAAGUGUAUUUCAAGAUUACAUGUGCACUGAAUUCUAUUUUGACGAGUCGGAACGAAUGUAUAUAGUAGAGUUUAAUAACCCUGAAGAUCUCUCUUCCGCAUACCAAAACUUAAACAACCAUGUUGUCAUAGGAUAUGUGAUGGAACUUGAACCAGUCUAUCCUGAAAAUUACCAACCUCCAGAAACUUCAAUGCAAGAGCAACUUCACGACAGAAUGAAGCUUAAGAUUAAGGAGGCAUUAUUGAAAAGGUUUAAGAAAAACGUUUUUGCUCCAUUCGCUAAAAAAAUAUUGGAAUCUAAAAAGCAAAAAGACUCAAUCGAUGUCAUGAAAAAUAUUGUAUUGGAGAAAAUCAAAAAGAAUCUAGAAGAAAAAGAAAGAUUUUUGGAACGAUUUGCCAUGCAAACCAAGGCAGAAAAAGCUGAACCACAGUCCAGUGAAGAUGAGAAAUCAGAAAAUGACGAGCGUGACGAGGUCAGUGAAGGAUCGGCCAAAUAUAUGAGUGAAGAGGAUUUCCAAUCUCCUACUUUAGAAGAGCAUGAACCUUUUUCCAAAAAACAAGAUAGAAUGGAGCAUGACAGCGAGGAAGAAUACCAAUUUGAGGAUGAAAUCUCUACCAAUGGUCAACCUCAAACAAGUUUACAAGAGGCCACAACAGAAGAGACCAGUGUAAAGAAGAGGAAACAUCAGGAUCUUAAGAAGGCAGGUAAAAAGAAAGCUCAACACAUUCCAUUUAAACCUUCAAGGGAAGAACAAGAGAUUGAUGAAAAGUUGAGGGCAAUUACAGACGGAUGCUCUAAAACCAGAGGAUUAACUCUUAAAGAAAUCAGAGAAAUGAAAGAGAUUAAAAAGCCUGUGUCUGAGAGCGUUGUUAAAGAUAUGAUGAAAAAUACGAUGAGGAGAAUGGAGCUGGAAGCUAAGAAAAAUACUAAUGAAAGCAGAAGACAGCGUGCCGAGUCAAGAAGAGCACAGAAAAUGGCACAAGACGAUACUAAAAUCAAUCAAUUCCAAAAUAGAGCAAAGAAGCUAAAGUUCGCUAAAUCCCCAAUUCACGAUUGGGGAUUAUUCGCUUUGGAGACUAUUGAAAAAGAUGAAAUGGUCAUUGAGUAUGUUGGGGAAGUUAUUCGAGAAGCGCUCUCAGACAUUAGAGAGAAACGAUAUGAACAAAUUGGUAUUGGUUCCAGCUAUCUGUUUAGAUUGGACGAUGACUAUAUCAUUGAUGCAACCAAGCGUGGUAACUUGGCCAGAUUUAUUAAUCACAGUUGUGACCCUAAUUGCUGUGCUAAAAUUAUUGAGAAAGACAAGCAGAAAAAGGUUGUCAUUUAUGCCACCAAGAAAAUUGAAAUUGGAGAAGAAAUUACCUAUGACUACAAGUUUCCACUCGAAGAGAAUAAGAUUCCAUGUCACUGUGGAUCUGCAAAGUGCAAAAAGUGGUUGAAUUAA